AUGCGCAGGAUGCGCAAGAGAAAGGCUGAGUCUCAGGACAAUGAACGGCUAUCUAAGCGACUGAGCCUGCUCAACCUGGAGCGAAAUGGCCACCGACUCUACGUGCCAGUCGAGUCGCCGCAGCUGCGGCCGGCGUCGCCGUCGGCGCUGGCGCCGAUCCCGGGCGACGACACGAUGCAGCUGGACGACACGAAGCACAAGGUGUACAUCUACGACCUGGAGGACGAGCUGUCGGACAGCGGCAACGAGUCGGACCGCGACGGCAAGCUCGUCUUCCUGCCCGACAUCGAGAAGCACCUGCGCCGGAACCGCAUCCCGCCCGCCGUCCUGGCCAACCGCGACGGCGAGCUCGCCGGCAUGCAGGUCGUCCUCUACCGCGAGCCCGAGUCGCUGACCGUCGCCCCCGAGCACGACAGCGUGCGCAAGGUCAUCAUCGAGGCCCGGCAGCGCGCGCGCGAGCGCCAGAGGGAGGAGCAGCAGCAGCGGCAGCAGCAGCGGCAACAACAGGAAUCUACAACCCCUACCACCUCCGCCGCCACGACAACUACCACCACUACUACCCAUUCUUCUUCUACGCCCAUAUCUUCCUCCCCGUCCACAGCCCCCCCUCCAAUGAUCGCCCCAGCCUUCGCGCCAUCGUCGAAUGGUCUCAACGGGCUCAACGGCUUCGCCCAUCAAGGCUGGGCGGGCGCCGGCGCACCAGGCCCCGCCGCCGACCCCGACUACGACCCGGACGCCAUGGACGUAGACUAG